UGGGCUCUGGCAGCCAUUUUGGGCUGAGGAGAGCGAGUGCGGAGGCCGUGGAGCAGGCAGGGCGCCGGCUGAGGGGCAGGCCGAGCCGAGCGCCGGGCGAAGGCGGCAGCUGUUGGACGCUUGCAUCUGCGGAGCGCCCGCUUCGGCGGCGGGAGGAGCCAGGCCGCGACCGCCCCCCCUCAGAGCGCACUCGUCGUCCCUCGGGCCGCGGGCCCCACGGACAUGUCCAGCAUGAAUCCCGAAUAUGACUAUUUAUUCAAGCUACUUCUGAUUGGAGACUCCGGUGUCGGGAAAUCUUGCCUUCUACUUAGGUUUGCAGAUGACACGUACACAGAAAGUUACAUCAGCACGAUUGGUGUGGACUUCAAAAUCAGAACUAUAGAACUAGAUGGGAAAACAAUCAAGCUUCAGAUAUGGGACACGGCAGGGCAGGAGAGGUUUCGAACCAUCACUUCCAGUUACUAUAGGGGUGCUCAUGGCAUCAUCGUGGUGUAUGAUGUUACAGACCAGGAGUCUUUCAACAACGUGAAGCAGUGGCUGCAGGAGAUAGACCGUUACGCCAGUGAGAACGUCAACAAGUUGUUGGUGGGGAACAAAUGUGAUCUGACCACAAAGAAAGUAGUAGACUAUACAACAGCAAAGGAAUUUGCAGAUUCCCUUGGAAUUCCCUUUUUGGAAACCAGUGCAAAGAAUGCUACAAAUGUAGAACAGUCUUUCAUGACCAUGGCUGCUGAGAUCAAAAAGCGAAUGGGGCCGGGAGCGACGGCUGGCGGUGCCGAGAAGUCCAACGUGAAAAUUCAGAGCACUCCAGUCAAGCAGUCCAGCGGAGGUUGCUGCUAAAACUUGCCUCCCUCCCUUCCUCCUCCUCUUCCUCCUCUCCCCCUUUUGUCUCACAACAAUUAAUUUGCAAUCUGAAAACCCAAGUGAAAACAAAAAAACAA